AUGCUGCCUUCGCAAGAUGCUUCCAAGAUUUACCAUGACAACUACAUGCGGAACUCGCGGGCCAUUGGGGUUCUGUGGGCUAUAUUCACCAUAUGUUUGGCCAUUAUUAACGUAGUGGUGUUUAUUCUGCCCUACUGGAUUGGGGACAGCGUGAACACCCCACACGCAGGCUAUUUCGGCUUGUUCCACUACUGCGUGGGCACUGGAAACUCCAACCGGGAGCUCACUUGCCAAGGAACCUUCGCCGAAUUCAGCGGCAUCCCCUCGAGCGCGUUCAAAGCUGCCUCCUUCUUCGUGUUGCUGUCCAUGGUGCUAAUAUUGGGUUGUAUUGCCUGCUUCACCCUUUUCUUAUUCUGCAACACUGCCACUGUCUACAAGACGUGCGCCUGGAUGCAGCUGCUAUGCGGUAAGAGAUUGGCGUUUGGGUAG